CCUUCGAUGCCAUCGUUGCGCGUCGCCGUGAUCGGCGCGGGGGCCGCCGGCUUGGUGGCCGCGCGGGAGCUGCGGCGGGAGGGCCACGCGCCAGUCGUCUUCGAGCGCGCCGCGGCCAUGGGCGGCACCUGGCGCUACGACGACGCGGCGUCGGCGGACCCGCUCGGGGCAGGCGGCGUCCACGGGAGCCUCUACGCGUCCCUCCGCACCAACCUGCCCCGCGAGUGCAUGGGCUUCCUCGACUUCGCCUUCGUCGCCGAUGAGGGCUCCGUUGACCCGCGCAGGUUCCCCGGGCACCAGGAGGUGCUCCGGUACCUCGAGGCGUUCGCACGGCGGUUCGAUCUCCUCAGGCUGGUCCGGCUCCAGACGGAGGUGGUCGGCGUCCGCCGCAGCUGUGACGAAGCAGGCGCCGCGGGCUGGAGUGUGUCGUAUUGCUCGAGGAAGCUCGCCGGCGCCGGAAGCGACCUAGAGGGGGAGCAGUCGGAGGUGUUCGACGCCGUCGUCGUCUGCAACGGCCACUUCGCCGAGCCUCGCCUGGGGGACAUUGCCGGCAUAGGCGGCUGGCCCGGGAAGCAGAUGCACAGCCACAGCUACCGUGUGCCCGACCAGUUCCACGGCCAAGUGCGUCUCAUCUACCCACCCUCCGUUUCCAUUUUACUUUGCAUAUUAGUUUUGUCCUAA